UCAUCGUCCUGAUCAGUGGGCGUUUUCCAUUAUUUAUAGUCAAAGAUAUCAACUCAGAUAUUUGCACUGAGCUCUGAUCCUACUUCUAGUUCCUACAGAGAGAGAGAGAUGGUGCUGCUGGAGAAGCUGUGGGACGACGUGGUGGCCGGGCCUCAGCCGGAACGCGGCCUCGGGAAGCUCCGGAAGCUCACCACCAAGCCCGUCGUCAUCGUCAAAGAAGGGGAAGGGGAGAGCAGCAAGUACCAGCGGUCGACGUCGAUGCCGGCGAGCCCCGGGACGCCGGCGACCCCGACGACGCCGACGACGCCCGCGGCGGUAGCGGCGAGGAAGGAGAACGUGUGGAGGAGCGUGUUCCACCCGGGGAGCAACCUGGCGACCAAGUCCAUGGGGGGCCAGCUCUUCGACAAGCCCAUGCCCAACUCCCCCACCGUCUACGACUGGCUCUACAGCGACGACACCAGGAGCAAGCACCGCUGAGGACGCUCUAGCGAUCAACCCUGUCUCUCUCGUGGGAUUUGUAAAUAUCGUCGUUUUGCCUUCCUUCCUUUCUCGUCGUUUGGAUGCUUUGUAUGGUUCUAUCUAUCGCUCCUGCAUGAGAGGCUCCUUUGUUUAAGCUCAUUUUGAAUGAAAUAUUGCGCGAGUCGCUGUGAUUUCCAUGCUUUGCAGCACUCUAGCUGUUGAUCUAA